AACGUCUUGACUUGAUUCAUCGCCCAAUCUCGAAUGAUCGUCGCCUCACUUCUUCGCUCUCGACCAAGUACUACCACCACCACUAGCAGAUCCAUUCAUCUCGCCACUACCCUUCUGGGCAACAGAGCUACCUACGUCACCGCUAGCAAGAGCGCGCUUCGCCCUUCCUCAUCGUCUCAGCCACCUCAUCGCCGCCAGCCGCGCAACCUUCUCUCCUUUGCACUCAGCUCAUCCAUCGCAGCUGCAGCGACUGCUUUCCACACCUCAGCAACUACUUUGCAAGCACAAGCAGACGAUAGCAUGGCACCCGUAGCAGACAUCAAUGGAUCAUCACAAGCCAACAGUGGCCACUACAAGGUGGUCAUCAUCGGUUCAGGGCCUGCAGGCCAUACAGCCGCCAUCUAUCUCGCGCGUGCCGAGCUGAAGCCCAUUCUCUUCGAGGGCUUCCUUGCGAAUGGCAUUGCAGCUGGUGGUCAGCUCACCACCACAACAGACGUAGAGAACUUCCCAGGCUUCCCCGAGGGAAUCGGCGGAACAGCUAUGAUGGACAAGUUCCGUGCUCAGUCUGAAAGGUUUGGCACUACGAUCCACACGGAGACGAUCAGCAAGGUGGACCUGUCGCAGCGCCCCUUCAAGUUUUGGAGGGAGGGCAAGGAGAGCGAGGCGCCUGAGCUGGCAGACACGAUUAUCAUGGCUACGGGAGCGUCGGCGAAGAGGAUGCACAUCCCUGGUGAGGACACCUACUGGCAGAGCGGAAUCUCAGCAUGCGCCGUAUGCGAUGGCGCUGUGCCCAUCUUCAGGAAGAAGCCUCUCGCUGUUGUUGGUGGAGGAGACUCUGCGGCGGAGGAGGCGACGUACUUGACCAAGUAUGGCUCAAAGGUCUACGUCCUCGUCCGAAGAGACGAGCUGCGCGCCUCGAAGAUUAUGGCGAAGCGUCUGCUCAACCAUCCGAAGAUUGAGGUCCUCUUCAACACUGUGCCCGUCGAGGCAAAGGGGGACGGCGAUUUGCUCAACGCUCUCCGCAUCAAGUCGACAAAGACGGGCGAGGAGUCCGAUCUUCAAGUCAACGGUCUCUUCUACGCCAUCGGGCACGUGCCGGCAACUUCCCUUGUCAAGGACCAGGUCGAUUGUGACGAGGAUGGAUACAUUGUGACGAAGCCGGGGACCACAGAGACGAGCGUCAAGGGUUUCUUCGCGGCGGGUGACGUGCAGGACAAGAAGUACAGGCAAGCGGUCACCUCGGCGGGCAGUGGGUGCAUUGCGGCGCUCGAGAGCGAGAGAUUGCUCGCUGCCGAGGAGGAGGCGGAUCCCGUCACGAUUGCGGCGGCUGAGCAUUACACUGGCACGGACAAGGAGUAAAGAGGGAAAGCGUGGUGAUGUGGUUCUUUUUUAGAUGACGUCCUGGCUGUCAAUCCAGUACCAUGCCUUUGCAAGACGAAACUUCGAUCCAUGCUGAUGCUGAAUACGAUUGCAGACUGCCAAAAUGCUGCUCUACUCCCAAAGCA